AUGGGUUUGGGGAAGACUAUACAAACAAUUGCAUUUCUUUAUUCUCUUUACAAAGAAGGUCAUUGCCGUGGUCCAUUUCUUGUCGCUGCACCUCUUUCAACUAUUAUUAAUUGGGAACGUGAAUUCGAAUUUUGGGCUCCAGAUCUUUAUGUUGUCUCUUAUAUUGGUGAUAAAGAUUCACGAACGGUCAUUAGGGAACACGAAUUCUCAUUUGAUGAAGGUGCUGUUCGUGGUGGCGCUAAAGCAAUGCGAAUGAGAACUGGUACUUCAGUUCGAUUUCAUGUACUCCUGACAAGUUAUGAAUUGAUCAGUAUUGAUCAGGCUUUACUAGGUUCCAUUGACUGGGAAGUUCUUGUUGUAGAUGAAGCUCAUCGCCUUAAAAAUAAUCAAUCAAAGUUUUUCCGUAUUUUGACAACUUACAAAAUAGCAUAUAAACUUCUGUUGACUGGAACUCCUCUUCAAAAUAAUCUGGAGGAACUCUUCCAUCUGCUACAUUUUAUGACACCAGAGAAGUUCAAUGAUAUGCAAGGUUUCUUAGAUGAGUUCGCAGAUAUAUCAAAAGAAGAACAAGUGAAGAAACUGCAUGACAUGCUUGGUCAGCAUCUACUGAGGCGUCUCAAAGCUGAUGUGCUUCAAAAUAUGCCAUCUAAGGGUGAAUUCAUCGUAAGGGUAGAACUCAGCCCUAUGCAGAAGCGCUACUAUAAGUUUAUACUCACUCGCAACUUUGAGGCAUUAAGCUGUCGCAGUGGAGGUUCACAAGUUUCUUUGAUCAAUAUUAUGAUGGAUCUCAAGAAGUGUUGCAAUCAUCCAUUUCUUUUCCCAUCUGCUGCAGAAGAAGCACAGCGUAUGCCCAAUGGUGCUUAUGAAGGCGUUGGACUCCGUAAAGGCUCUGGAAAAUUAGAAUUAAUGAGUAAGAUGUUAAGAAAAUUGUAUGAAACAAAACACAGAGUAUUGAUUUUCUCACAAAUGACAAAAAUGCUUGAUCUUUUGGAGGACUUUUUGGAUUCUGAAGGUUAUAAGUUUGAAAGAAUCGAUGGUGCUGUUACUGGUCAACUUCGUCAAGAUGCUAUCGAUCGUUUCAAUGCUCCAGAUUCACCUUCGUUUGCAUUUUUGUUAUCCACUAGAGCUGGUGGCUUAGGUAUAAAUUUAGCCUCUGCAGAUACAGUCAUCAUUUAUGAUUCGGAUUGGAACCCACAUAAUGAUAUCCAAGCAUUUUCUCGUGCUCAUCGUAUUGGCCAGUCAAAUAAAGUUAUGAUUUAUCGAUUUGUCACCCGUGGGACAGUUGAAGAACGUGUUACGCAAGUCGCAAAGAAAAAAAUGAUGCUAACUCACUUAGUUGUUCGCCCUGGAUUAGGUGGUAAAGGUUCAUGCCAGAUGUCCAAGAAAGAACUUGAUGAUAUUCUUAAAUUUGGAACUGAAGAUUUAUUCAAGGAAGGUGAAGAGAACAUGGAAGAUGAACAUACAAUUGUGUAUGAUGAUGCUGCUAUUGAACGCUUACUUGAUCGUAGUCAACAAGGCUUAGAAGAGAAAGCUUUAGAAAUGAAUGAUUAUUUAACUUCAUUCAAAGUGGCUCAUUAUGAAAAGAAGGGAGUCAUUGAAGAAGAGGAAGAUGAAUCAGAUGAUGAAGAUGAAAAUCGUGAAGUUAUCAAACAAGAACUUGAUCCAGCAGAUCCAACAUAUUGGGAAAAGCUACUACGACAUCAUUUUGAACAAGCUCAAGAAGAUCAAGCCCGAGCUCUUGGCAAAGGUAAACGGGUUCGAAAACAAGUUAAUUAUUCAACAACUCAAGAAGAAGAGGAAGAAUGGAAUCAGGCUAUGACCGAUCAUGAUAGUGACUUUUCGAACAAGGAUGAAGAUGAUGAUGAAUAUGAUGAACGUACAGGUGCAGCUGGCGGUGAUGUCCCUGUGAUGGGUCGUCGAACUCGACGUGAACGUGAAGGCAAAAUGCCUCCACUUUUAUCACGUGUAAAUGGUCAGAUUGAAGUGCUAGGUUUCAAUGCUCGUCAACGUCGUUCUUUCCUCAAUGCAGCAAUGCGGUAUGGACUACCUCCAAGUGAUCAGCCAUGGAUGGUCAGAGAUUUGAGAUGUAAACCUGAUCGUGUAUUUAGAGCAUACAUUUGUCUGUUUAUGCGUCAUCUGUGUGAACCUGAGACUGAAAAUUCUGAAAGUUUCAGUGACGGCGUACCCCGUGAAGGUCUAUCUACUCAGCAUGUUCUAAGUCGUGUUGGAAUAAUGUCCCUUGUACGCAAGAAAGUUCAAGAAUUUGAAAAGAUUAACGGACAUUGGAGCAUUCCAGAGUUAGAACCGAAACCAGAAAAUAAAGAUACAGAAUUGCCGAAGACAGAGGAUCCCAAUGAAGUAGUACUAACAAAGAAUGUUGGAGAUGUGGAGAAUUGUUCUGCAGUCACAGAAACCAAUAAUCAUAAUAAUAAACAACCAGUGAUUAGUGAUGUUGACUCUCUUGGUAAGGAGAAAACUGUUAGCACCAAAGUGACCAGCGGUACAGGAGAUGAAACGUGUUUAGCGGAUGAUGCUUCUAAGGCAAGUGAUAAAACUGAUCCUAUGGAAAUUGAUGAAUUACGUAUAAUUGCUGGACAAAAUAAGGUGACAGAUGAUCCACAAACAAAUACAAAGGUGGAGACGACAGCUGAUUCUUCAGAUAUUGCUAAGGAAUGUGUAAACGAGAGGGAAAAUGGAAAGGUGGAAGAUUCACAAAACACAGACGAUGCUUACAUAGCUAGCCUUGAAUUCAUGUUUAAUAUUGCGGACGGUGGUUUCACUGAACUUCAUACUAUCUGGUUGAAUGAACAGCGAGCAUUGAUAAAAAAUCGUGAGGCAGAAAUUUGGCAUCGUCGACACGACUACUGGCUUCUAGCUGGUGUAGUGCAACACGGAUAUGGCAGAUGGCAGGAUAUACAUAAUGACCCGCGUUAUGCAAUUGUGAAUGAACCGUUUAAAAAUGAAGCUCAAAAAGCCAACUACUUAGAAAUUAAAAAUCGUUUCUUGGCCCGUCGUUUUAAGUUGUUAGAACAAGCAUUAAUAAUCGAGGAACAGCUCCGUCGAGCAGCCCAGCUAAAUAUUCCAGCAGAUCAAUCGGAACACAUACAAAGUUUAAAUAGACGAUUCACUGAGCUUGAGUGUUUGGCUACAGGACAGUUGCAUCUUUUCAAUGAUGCCUUGGCCGGUAACAAAGCUUUAGUUCCAUUGUUACACAAAGUUCUGACUCUUAUGGAGGAUAUUCUGGUCGAUAUGAAACAAGAUGUUGCACGGCUGGUUAACUUAUUGCCUCGACUACCUCCUGUCACUCAACGUUUACAACUAAGUCAUACAGGUCUUCUAGGAAAGCUAACACAGCAGCUUACUGCUAACAAAAAUGCACAGUCAACAUCUAGUCAAAAGCAGUCUGAAACAAAAGAAGAACCUGUGAAUCUGGUUACUCCACCUCCAGAAACCUCCCAACAGCCGUCUUAA